AUGCCGCGGCCCCCGCCGCCGGGCCGCGGGACCCCGGGCGCCAGGCGUCCGAUCCGGGACUUCUUCGCCGCCUGGCUCGCCACCCUCCGCUCCCCGCUCCUCCCGCUGCUCCGCCGCGCGCUCUCCUCCUCCUCCUCGUCCGGCUCCUGGGACGACCCGCUCUCCUCCGUCGCCGCGGCUGUCGAGGCUCACUUCCAGGCGCACUGGUCCGCGCUCGACGCCGCCGCACGCCAGGACCCGGCGCGGGUCAUCGCCGCGGGGGACUGGCGGUCCCCGCUCGAGCUCCCCUUCCUGUGGCUUGGCGACGUCCACCCCUCCCUCCUUACCUCGCUCCUCCGCACGCUCUCGCCCUCGCCGCGACUCCUCGCCGCCGUCGACCGCGUCGACCGCCGGAUCCGCGCCGCCGUCCCUGCCGUCUCCGACCGCCUCCGCCGGGCCCAGGAAGCCUUCGUGGCCGCCGAGGCUACCGGCGCCGCCGACGUGGAGGCGUUCUUGGAGGAGCUCAAGGGCGUUGCACUCGAGGCCAACCGGCUCCGUCGGGGCGUACUCUCGGACCUCGUCGCCGCCGCCGGGGGGUACCAGGCGGCGCUGUACCUCGAGGCGCUCUCGCGCUUCGUGUUGUCCAUGCACGACCCCGAGGUGCUCCGCCGCUUCGACCAGUGCCGCGCAUCGCCUGGUAGCUAG